ACCUCGCCGCAGUCCUCCUCCGCAAAGCGGGAGAGAAGACACGCAGCAGCAGCGCCAGCGCCGUGCGCCUCUCAGGAGGAGAGCUGUUAUCCCAGCGGACACAGUCGGAUUUCAGACUAUACUGGAAAAAUUACUAAAGCCUAACUUUUUUUGGUAACCAGCCCGGAUACUUGCAGGAUCUGAGUCUCUGCUGUAACCAUGGGGGACGUGGUUUCCUCUCACCUGGAUGAGAGCAGGCGGGAGAUGAUUACAGCUCGGACCAGAGAUGUAAUGAAGGAGUUCAGUGAUGUAUACGAGCAGCAGUACGCAGUCGCUCUCUUCAACUGUGUUCGCUUUGAGAUAGAAGGAGGAGGAGGAACGCAGUCACAGCUGCUUCACAGAAAGGACCCUCUGGCAGGGCGGUCCAUCUUCUCAGGGAGUCUAUUUCAGUAUCUGGAGGAAAAUCGGAAGUGGAGAAAUCGCUUUGUGUCUGUGCCAAACAGCUACGACAUCAGCCUCUAUGAGAGCAAAACAGCACAUGAACGGGGCCUCCACCCAAAAGUAACCAUCAACUGCGCCGGAUACAAGGCUCUGAACUCAAUGGAGGAAUACAUGGAGCUGAUUAACACUAGCCUGCCGGGUAUCAAAGCCAAAGUGAGCAGUCAUCCAUUUAUCAAGUGUGCGACCCAGUUCCCCCUCAUCCUGUGGCACCCGUACGCCCGCCACCACUACUUCUGUGUGAUGACGGAGAAGGAGCAGAAGAAAUGGCACGCAGUGCUGCAAGACUGUGUCAGACACAGUAACAAUGGUCUGCCAGAGGACUGCACCGUUCAGACGCCAGCCUUCACUGAUGCUGUGAGACAUUACAGACAAGCCAAGGGACACUAUGGGACUUGGGAUAUGAUGUGUGGAGUGCCCCCACAGAUUUUGGCCAAUCUAGUGAUGGAGACCCUCCACCCAGAGCUGAGAAACAUUAUUGGUCCCCGUCUGAAGGGGAAGAUGCAGCAGAGGCAGAGGCACUGGAUGUUGAUCUCUGAUGCAGUGUACAGGCAGGUGUUGUCUCAGACCACCGGGCAGUAUGACGCACUGGUCGAAGCCUGUGAAGCCCAGAGAGUGCCACUGGACACCAGACUGCGAACUGACAUGGACCAGAUCAUCACGUCUAAAGAACAUGUCAGCGGAAAGAUACGAGCUCUGGUGUUGCCCAAGGCGGAGCAGCUCCUCCGGACCAACGUCCAGCCCUACAUCAGCUCCAUCCUGGAGGCCCUGAUGGAGCCCACCAGCCGCGGCUUCUCCGAGGUCAGGGAUGUUUUCUUCAGGGAGCUGGUGGAGAUCAGCAAGAACUCGCUCAACGGAGGGGGCAAAGACAAAAUGGGAGAUCACCUGGACAGACUGUCCAUGCUCGCCUUCCACCCAGUGAAGAUGCAGAGCUGCUACGAGAAGGUGGACGAGCUCAAUCUGGAGGGGCUGCAGCAGAGGUUCGACGUCGCCAGCCCCUCUGUGUUCGUCAGCAGGGCUCAGAUCCUCAUGAGGGAGCAAAUGGACAAUGCAGUGUACACAUUUGAGCAGCUGCUUAACCAGUCUUUAGAGAACCAGGGAGAAGAUGACAUGUGCAAGAACAUCCAGCGAUGCCAGGAAAGGGUUCUCAAGAAAUAUGAUUAUGACAGCAGCACAGUGCGCAAGAAGUUCUUCAGAGAGGCUCUGCUGCAGAUCACCAUCCCAUACAUGCUGCAGCAGCUCUCGCCAUCCUGCUCACCUGAGCUGCCUAAGUUCAAAGAGCUCAUCUUUGAGGACUUUUCCCGUUUCCUGCUGGUGGAGAACAUGUUCGAGGAGGUGGUGCUGCAGUCUGUCUCCAAGGACAUAAUGAUGGCUGUGAAGGAGGCAGCUGUCCAGAGGAGACACAACCUCUACAGGGACAGCAUUAUUCUGACCAACAGCGACCCAAACCUGCACCUGCUCGGAGACACCCCUGCGGUGGACUGGGCUGCUAAAUUUGGGGGCGAUGAGCCAGAGGGCUCUCUCAGCGGCCGUGGAAUUGAAGGAGGAGGUUCCGGGAGCAGACGCAAGCAGGUGGUGUCCAUGAUCCAGCUGGACGGGGUACCUCUGCCCUUCGAGUCCUGCCUGGAGGUCCCAGGUGUGGAGCUCAUCCCUGAGGAGGAUGCUGAGUUGUCUGUAGGCAAAGAGGAGGACCAAGGGGAGGAUGAGGAGGACGUGGAUCCACCGAGAGACCCCAAGUCUCCUGACAGCGUGAAUGAAAUCAGAGAUCUGAUUAAUCCAGUGCUGGAGGUGGAGCUUCCAGUUACAGAGGAGAGCCAGAGCGAGGAAACCAACAGGACGGAGGAGACCAAAGGCACCAUCAUCAUGGAGGACGGGGUGCAGGAGGACGUGACACAUGUCAGCACGGUGGUCAACAUCCCCAGGAAAUCUGUGCGAGACAAGACGUCUACAAGAGCAAUUCUGCAGGAGCUGGUCGGAAACAAGAAGCAGGAGGCAGAUAAGGGGCAUCAGGAGGAAGCGGCCAUCAAGAACGCCAUCGAAGAGAUAGAGACAGUGGUGGAGGAAGAUGACAGUGAACGGAUUGCUCAAGUCUCUGUGGCAGAGUCAGAUGAGUCAUCACAACAGCCACUACUUGCUACAGACUCCAGCUCGCAAAAUGACAGCGGCUUCCAGUCAGCGACCAAUGAGGGGCUGGAUGAAGGUGAGCCCAAGCCAAUCACAAACGGGCUGAACGGAGAGGACAAAAUUAUCGACCCGGUAGAGGUGGAAGUGAGUGUAGCGUAGGAAGACGAUCCUCUGGACAGAACUCUCUAAUUGGAGAAAGAAACAGCAGAGUGUGCAUCUAAUGCAGAAUGGAUACAGACUGUAUUUAAAGGGUUAAUUCAAGGCUUUUCUGUAUUGUUGUUGAUAUUGCACACUUUAAACCCGACUCUCCCGUCCUCCACUCGACUUUUCUCUUUGGUGAUUGGUUCCUUCUAUGCAGCUUAAUUAAUCUCAGUGCAAAGUUUCUCCACAUUUUGUGUAUGACACUGAUUUCAAUAUACAUUAAUGCCAUGUUAAUAUGCUUAUCACACGGAUCAGGGAUUUUAAAGUGGUAAUCCAUUUUUUGAAGGAAUACUUCAACCCCUAAAUGAUCACUUGUAUAUCCUUUAUUCACUUAGCUUAAUUCUUUCAAAAACAUGGUAGGAAACUGAUAUAAAUUGAUAAAUGAUUUUUUUUUUGCAGUUUGUGAAACAUUUCUGCCAACUUGCUCAUCUUGUUUUCUGCCGUGUUUUUGGAACAAAUGAUACAAAUUUCUUGUCAGGUUUCAUAGAUUUAAAUGCAAGUGAAAAAAGCAAUAUCAAUUUUGGUGUUAAAGGCUCACAAUGCAACAGUUGUGUGGUUUUGUAAAAAGACGUUUUGAUAUUGUUGUUUUUCCUUAAACAACCAAUUACCACCUUCUUUGGAUUUUCUUUUUUUCCCCAAAAAAAAUCAAUAAAAUACAAGAGGAGGUGCAUGACAAACAAAUGAUCAUUUGGGGAGUGAAGUGUUCUUUUAAACUUAUAAAUAAAAUGAGGAGCUCUAAAUUACAACUACAUCUAAGUUAUUAUUGCAGGUUUCUUUACAUCAGUAAUGUCUGUAAACACAGCACGAAAUAAGGCUUUUUUUUUGUUUUUUUAUAUAUUGCUGUAUGAUCACAGCCUGUACCUGGGCAGCAGGGGGUGCUACAAUACAAUCCUUUAGAUGUUGUUUGGGAAUUUGUAUUUCAAUUUUAACUACUAUUUUUGUGAUAUACCAGUAUCUAUUUUUGUAAAAUGUAUUUUUCUUAUGUAGUUUGUUUACUUGGAAAGCUUUUUCCUGUAUUCCCAAGUGGCCUUUAUGUUUCAACACGUUAUUUUAGGACAACUGUCAGGAAUGAUUUGCACUUCCACUGUGAUUUGAUAUGUAAAAUGUUUAAACAUUUUUUGACGUCAAAACAACCAACAUUCAUUGUUUCUAGUCAUUUUGCUUGUGGGUGUUAAUGACCAAGAUACAGUAAGUAAUGGCUCAUUAGUUUGUAGGAUUUUGAUGAACUUGUAAUCAAAGGAAGCUCUCUUCGUGAUGAUGAGGGAUGACAACGAAAACGAAAAUGUUUUCCAAAUAUCGCUAUUUUCUUUUUUUCAACUUCAUUGUAAAACACUGAGUCAAACAUGACAGAGACAAUUUUCUAUUUAGAAAAAAAAGUAUUUUCCAAAUUUAAAUCUGGGUGAAAUAUCUGUUUUAUUUAUGACAUUUGGAUGUUGUGGCUUUUACAAGUUUUAUGUCCUUAUCUAUGUAAAAAAAAAAAAAAAAAAAUUAAAAAAGAAUAGACUAUAUCACUGAUACUCUCCUUGUGGAAAACAUUUGUUGGGAAACUUGUAAACCAUGACACAGGUGUUCUGAGGUUUGGUAAACUUUAAAUAUUAGACUUUAAUUCCUCUAAUUCAGUUGGUAGGGCUUUAUUUAUUUUAUUUUAUUUACAGGAAGAUUAGAUAUUGGAAUUCUUUAUAAAUGUUCAAUACAGCAUGAACUUCACAUUUUUGCACCUUGAGCUGACCUGCCACCCACUCACAGAAGAAUGGAUAUAUAUAGUGAAACGUUAGUAAAAGCAACAGAAGAGGCAACCCUCUUUCAGGACAAAUAGGCAUGAAACUCCGAAAAUGUUCUUUACAGAGAACACAGAGGUGCCAGGAGUGGAAUUAAAAUAUUUGAAUAUUUGAAAGUUAAAUCAAAGUACAAACAUAUCAUUAAACAUCUUCACUUUUAGCAUAUUUAAUACCAAAUUAUAUAGCCCUUUCUGUGAACCUUCUUAUGAAUUGGCAGUUAGGUAAGGGACAGUUCACCCUUAAAUCAAAACUACUUACUUGUAGUGCUAUUUAUUAAACUAAAUAGUUUAAUUGUGAGUUGUCGAAUGUUGGAGAUGUCAGCUAUCUGCUUUCUCUGGUGCUCCAAGCACAUAAAAAAAUAUAUUUGAAAAACUCAACAGAAAUGUCUUUUCAUCAUGACCCAGUUACUCAAGAUAAUCCA